AUGCUCAACCACCGAGCACUUCCUAGCCUAAACUCAGCCUACCCAGACCCAAGUUCUAGCUUCACCCACUCCUGCCGAAGCUUCAACCACAACAACACCAAAUUUCAGAGGGUCCAGCAACUUCCAGAUUCAAGAAAGGGGCUGGGUGGAAGAAGAAUGAGGACUGAAACUCAACAGGUGCCAGGUCCGUUGUUGACUCAAAAGACACGCCUAGAUCCAGGUCAUGUUCCAAACCUGCCGAAAGGAGGGAGGCUUCGAAACUUCCUCUUCACAUAA